AUGGUCCCUGUACAGUCUUUCACAGGUGGGCUGCUGGGCACAGGUGGGGCUGCUGGUCACAGGUGGGGCUGCUGGUCACAGGUGGGGCUGCUGGUCACAGGUGGGGCUGCUGGUCACAGGUGGGGCUGCAGGUCACAGGUGGGGUUGCUGGUGCUGGUGCUGGCGGCUGGCGCUGGUGCUGGUUCCUGGUGCUGGCAGCUGGCACUGGGGCUGGUUCCUGAUGCUGGCGGCUGGCGCUGGGGCUGGUUCCUGGUGCUGGCGGCUGGCGCUGGUGCUGGUUCCUGGGCUGGUUCUUGGUGCUGGCGGCUGGCGCUGGGGCUGGUUCCUGGUGCUGGCGGCUGGCGCUGGGGCUGGUUCCUGGUGCUGGCGGCUGGCGCUGGGGCUGGUUCCUGGUGCUGGCGGCUGGCGCUGGUGCUGGUUCCUGCGACCGCCGGUGCGACGGGCGAGGUGCAAGGUGGCGCUGGCUGCAGUCGAUGGCGCAAACGCGAUCGCGGGCCGCUGGCGACUUCGCCAUAG